GGGAGGCCGGGCCGGCCACAUCACGUGAUUCCCCAGCCUGUCACGAGGCCUCCCAGGCCCCGCCCCUUCUGUCAUUCAGCCGCCCCGCCCCGCCCCGCCGCCAAAUCGGAAGAGCCGCCCGCCCUACCCCAGCCGCAGGCCCAGGCUCCGCAGAGCCCGGCGUGGUUGCCAUGGCGGCGGUUGCUGCGGCGAUGAGGUGGCGGGUGCUGCUGCUGGUGCUGAGUGCAGCGGGGCUGGGGGCCAGUGGCACCCUGCAGCUCCCCAAUAUCCUGCUCUUGCUCAUGGACGACAUGGGGUGGGGUGACCUGGGCGUGUAUGGAGAGCCUUCCAGAGAGACCCCAAAUUUGGACCGGAUGGCUGCCGAGGGCAUGCUUUUCCCGAACUUCUACACGGCCAACCCCCUGUGCUCACCAUCCAGGGCGGCCCUGCUCACCGGACGUCUGCCCAUUCGCAACGGCUUCUACACCACCAACGGGCAGGCCAGGAACGCCUACACACCGCAGGAGAUUGUGGGUGGCAUCCCGGACACUGAGCUCCUCCUGCCCAAGCUGCUGAAGGGGGCCGGCUACGUCAGCAAGAUCGUGGGCAAGUGGCAUCUGGGCCACAGGCCUCAGUUCCACCCCCUGAAGCAUGGAUUUGAUGAGUGGUUUGGAUCCCCCAACUGUCACUUUGGACCUUAUGACAACAGGGCCAGGCCGAACAUCCCUGUGUACCGGGACUGGGAGAUGGUCGGCAGAUUUUAUGAAGAAUUUCCAAUUAAUUCAAAAACUGGAGAAGCCAACCUGACCCAGAUCUACUUACAGGAAGCUCUGGAUUUCAUUAAGAGGCAGCAGGCAGCUCAGAGCCCCUUCUUUCUCUACUGGGCCAUCGACGCCACACAUGCACCUGUUUAUGCCUCUAAGCCUUUCUUGGGCACCAGUCAGCGAGGGCGGUACGGGGAUGCUGUUCGGGAGAUUGACGACUGCGUGGGGAAAAUCCUGAACCUUCUUAAGGACCUGAGGAUCGUGGAGAACACCUUUGUUUUCUUCACAUCUGACAACGGUGCUGCCCUCAUUUCUGCUCCCAAGCAAGGAGGCAGUAACGGCCCCUUUCUGUGCGGGAAGCAGACCACAUUCGAAGGUGGGAUGAGGGAGCCUGCGAUCGCGUGGUGGCCCGGGCACAUCCCUGCAGGCCAGGUGAGCCACCAGCUGGGCAGCAUCAUGGACCUCUUCACUACCAGCCUGUCCCUCGCAGGCCUGGAGCCACCCAGCGACAGGGUGAUCGACGGCCUUGAUCUCCUCCCCGCCAUGCUGCAGGGCCAGCUGAUGGACAGGCCAAUAUUCUAUUACCGUGGCAACACACUGAUGGCAGUCACCCUUGGCCAGUACAAAGCCCACUUCUGGACCUGGACCAAUUCCUGGGAGGAGUUCAGUCAGGGCAUUGAUUUCUGCCCUGGACAGAAUGUCUCAGGAGUCACCACCCACAUGCAGGAGGAGCACACGAAGCUGCCUCUCAUCUUCCACCUGGGACGCGACCCAGGGGAGAAGUACCCCAUCAGCUUUGCCAGCACCGAGUACCUGAGCGUCCUCCACAGGAUCACUCCGGUUGUUCAGCAGCACCAGGAGGCCUUGGUCCCUGGACAGCCCCAGCUCAAUGUGUGCAACCAGGCCGUCAUGAACUGGGCGCCCCCAGGCUGUGAAAAGUUAGGGAAGUGCCUGACGCCCCCGGAGUCCAUCCCUGAGAAGUGCUCUUGGCCUCACUAGCACCUGCUCAGGCUCAGGCCAGGUCCAGGCCCUGCAAGUGCCUGGGGGUAAGAGGGUCUGGCUCCCACACUGGGAGAGCCUCAGCGGCCCUCUGCCCCGCUCACCGCCAGAGGGAUGUCACCUGCAGCCAGCAGCAGUACCUGCAAGGCUACACUGCCUGGCCCUGAAGUCACUCCUCAGCCCUCUCCCUGGCCCACCCGAUCCCGCUGCCUGAGUCCUGCAUCAAUCUGUGAGCUGAACGCUGUGCUGCCUACAGGUCUCGGUCGUCCUACCGGUCUCUUCCUCCCACUUGGUUCUUACCCCCUUCACUGGCCUUGUUCUGGGCCAGGCCUUCAUCCCAGGACCUGGAGGGCAUGACUCACCAUGGAUGCCCUGGACUGUCAGCUCACGCACUUCAGCACCAGCGUCAAGGGAGGCUGUGCCAGUCCUGUGGGGGGGCCCUGGGUGCUGCACGGAGGGAGCAUCCUGGCCCCGCCUCCCUGCACUGCACCACACGGCCGGGGAGGGGGCAGAGGGCCCCCCGACCGGGAUCCUCCACAGCCAAGGCCUUUCCCGCCCCAUGGAACAGCCGUUGUUGCUCUUUCCCUGGGACGUGAGGAUGUCAGCACCCUCGAUCUCCCACCUUCCACAGGGAUCUAGGCCGUGGACUCCUGCGCGCUGCGAGGUGUGCCUAUGCCUCGCAGCCAUCCCGACCGCCCUCUUCCCCUUGGUGCCAGGGAUGGCAAAGCAUAAAGAUGAGCCCUUUCACUCGCCCAACUCGGAAGAGCCUGAACAACCACGCACCGACUCCGCAGUCCCUCCCUUGAAGGCAUGUGGAGCUGCUUCCACCAAACAGGCUUUUCACAUCUGCAGGGAUCAGCUGCCAAAACUGUAAUUUCUGUAAGUUGGGAAAUUAUGAAGAAAACAGUUUUAGAAUAA